CUUUAGGGUUUGGAUAUCACUAUAUCAGCCAUGUGAGCGGAUUUGAAGUUUGAAUGAACGAGGGAAAGAACCAUUUAAGCAUUUAUAGGAGAUUCUCAAGAAUUUUUGAGUGAGCAAAAAUCUUAAGGGAUCAAAAUUAUUAUUUUUUCCCUAUUGCAGCUGUGCCGCUGGAUUAUUCGAGGGGAUCGGUCUUUAAUUACUUUCAUUCAUCUGGAUCUUAGACUGGAAAUCCUCUUUAAUUUGAAUGAGCCAUUACAAGUUGUUGUGAAAAUCAUAAUAAAUUGAGACACUGAUAAAGAAUCGAACUUGGUUCGAUUGCUGACUUCUUCACAUAUUGGUCUUUUUUUUUGUGUGCUUCACAUGGGAAUCUUUGAAGACAUGGGUUUCUGCUCUAAUCUUGAUUUUGUCUCAGUCCCUAGUAGGGAAGUUGAGUUGGCAGCAGAAUGCGAAGCAGUGAUUGCGGUUGAGCAGGAUGAUAGUGAUGAAGACAUGGAUGUUGAUGAGCUUGAGAGGAGGAUGUGGAGAGAUCGAAUGCUCCUGAAGCGGCUCAAAGAACAAAACAAAAAUAAGGAAGGGAUUGAUAGUGCUAAGCAGCGUCAAUCGCAGGAACAAGCCCGAAGAAAGAAGAUGUCACGGGCACAAGAUGGUAUCCUCAAAUACAUGCUGAAAAUGAUGGAGGUAUGCAAAGCUCAGGGAUUUGUGUAUGGUAUCAUUCCUGAGAAGGGGAAGCCAGUGGGUGGAGCUUCCGAUAAUCUGCGAGCCUGGUGGAAGGAAAAAGUCAGGUUUGAUAGGAAUGGCCCUGCUGCAAUCGCCAAGUAUCAAGCAGAUCAUUCAAUCCCUCUGAAAAAUAGAGAUUGUAGUACAGAGGCAUCCAUGCCUCACACCUUGCAAGAGCUUCAAGACACCACUCUUGGGUCACUUCUUUCAGCUUUAAUGCAGCAUUGUGAUCCACCACAGAGGCGUUUCCCAUUGGAGAAAGGUGUUACCCCACCAUGGUGGCCUACCGGGAAGGAGGAAUGGUGGCCUCAGUUAGGUCUGCCAAAGGAUCAGGGGCCUCCUCCGUACAAGAAACCCCAUGAUUUGAAAAAAUCUUGGAAAGUGAGUGUUCUCUCUGCUGUGAUCAAGCAUAUGUCCCCAGACAUUGCCAAAAUCCACAAACUUGUACGUCAAUCUAAAUGUUUGCAGGAUAAAAUGACUGCGAAGGAGAGCGCCACUUGGCUUUCAAUAAUUAAUCAAGAAGAAGCAUUGUUGAGAAAAUUGUAUCCUAAUAGCUGCCUGCCUCUGUCUGCUGUUGGGAGUGGUUCUUAUGCCACUGAUGAUACGAGUGAUUAUGAUGUUGAGGGAGUAGAUAAGGAACAAAAAGCUGAAGUGGAGGAGUGCAAGCUGCAUGAUGUUAGUCUCUUGAGUAUGGGGGCAGCAGGGCAGAAAGAUAGGGUUAUAAUGUCCCCAUUUGUUCCUCAAAUUAAAGAAGAAUUUGUUGGGAACAGCUCAGAUUUCAAUUAUAAGAGGAAGCAUCAAACUGAUGAGCAGCAGAUAUUGAUGGAUCAGAAUAUAUACACCUGUGAGUACCCGCAAUGCCCAUAUAAUGACUAUCGGUUUGGAUUUCUUGACAGGACUUCAAGAAACAAUCACCAGUUACGUUGUACUUUCCGUGAUAUUUCUUCUCAACAAGUUGGAAUGUCCAACUUCCAAGUCACUGAUGAGACAGCAGCAGUUUUCAAUUUACCCUUUGCUCAAACUAAGCCAACUAUGCCACCGGUCAAUCAGACGACCUCCAACAUGUCAGGACUUGGGCUCCCAGAAGAUGGACAAAAAAUGAUUUCUGAGCUUAUGUCUUUCUAUGAUUCCAGUCUUCAGCGGGAAAAGAGCAUGGAUCCUGUGGGUGUCAAUGUUGUAGGAUGUGCAGAUCAGCAGCCGCGGCAACUUCAAUAUCAUCAGCAGGAACCUCAACAGCAGAUACAGCAGCAGGAACUACAACAUCAGCAACCAAAAUUUGAACUUCAUCCAGCUGAUAGCAGCUAUGGGCAAGGGGUUUUAUUGGGUGGCAACAUAUCUCAAGGAACCAAUCUGCCAUUGGAUGACUCUUUUUUCCCAUCAGUUGAAAUUCAGCUUGAGCAGUGCAAGGCAUUCGAUUCUCCAUUUGGUACCAACUACAUUGAUGGUAUGUCUGACUUCAGAUUUGGCUCUCAUUUUAGCUUCGGAUCUACUGAUUGCAUCGUGGACUCUCACCCAAAGCAGGGUCUGGCCAUGUGGUAACUUCGAUGGAAGAAGUAGGGCUUUCAUAUCAGUUCUCUUAUUGGUUGAAGGCACUAAACGAAGGGGAAGAGACCCUUCCCCUCAGAAAGUCAUAAUUACAGUCACUGCUCUAAAUGAGUAAUGCUUCUUAGUAGUUCUCAUAGUAUGAGUUGUUCUCUAUAUGUUUGUAUUUGUAGUUAUUUUGUGUUUGCGAACUUUGGGCUUGUCUUCUGCAACUUUUAUCUUAGCGUGUAUACCUCUUUCACUGCAGUCAUGGAUUGGGCUGGACCUCAAAAUCCCCAUAUCUGGUGAUCACUUGUGAAGGGGCAACUUGCCGUUGCCAAACUUUUCUUUGGCUUGUAGUCAUGUAAUGUUUAUAUGGAAACUGAGUUUUCGUUGGCUUGUAGUCAUGUAAUGUUUAUAUGCAAACUGAGUUUUCUUUGGCCUGUAGUCAUGUAAUAUUUAUAUGCAAACACAGAUGCACUAAAUUUAUGUGGUGGUUUCAUA